AUGAUUUCCUCCGUGCCUCUCAAUGCAAGCCGACGACGCGUAUUCGGCUCCGUCUUUUCCCCCGCGUCACUACAAGCUCGGCCAACAUCUGCACCGGGCUCGGACCACGAUCAAACGCAACUCGCCUCCUUCCAAUCCACUUCUUCGACGGUGAAAGCAGGGUCGUUUGCCUCUCCUCAACAAGAACGCUUCGCUGAAGCACCACACGAUCGAGAAACAUGGGACCAGGCCUGGUCCGCGGCAACCACCUUCCUAGCCGUUCCUAAUCAAGGCUUCGCCCCGAUCUACGAUGCGAGAGAAAGUGAUGGAAGUGAGGCGCUGAAGGAUUGGAAUCGACUGAGCCCUCCGUCUAAGGAGACUGCCGAGGCACUGUCGUAUUUGACGGCGUCCGCUCAGCGGGGUAGUGCGGCAUACGGAGCGACUAGUUCGAAGAGUCUGAUCGACUGGUAUGGCGACGAGAUAAGGCGGCACUUUCUGGCCAAUAUUCGGAGUGGACUUUAUGAGCUAUUGAAAACGACGGAGAAAGAAGGUCUGCUCCGGACAAUCGUCGACUGUUUACAACUUGCUCGUCGCAUUUACCUCGCGCCUGUCGUUCAUUACCUACUGCCCCUGCUUCAAACGCCGGAACGGGGCAGAGUCCUGACGCAGCUUCAGCGUGGCUUCCAUACGGUUGUCUCUUACUCCUUGCCAUGGUCCAAGAUAUCACCACUUCUGGGUGGGGAGCUGGCCCAGGAUGCAUUAAUUAUCUUGGGUAUUGAUACCUUGCUGGAAGAUGCGGCGGAAAAUGAAGGUGAAGGUAGCCAGGAUGAGAUGGAAGUCGAUCGACAAUACUCCGUCUCAUACGAACACUGGAAGAAUGAGAACUUGGAGACGCGAGCCCGAAUGAUGACUGAAGGCGAGGACGAACGGGUUACAAUGGCUCGGGAUCGCCUUCUCGCUUUUCUCAACGGUCUACAGCAGGUGGGGCUUGGCGGAGACAAAGCUCAAAAGGUGUUUGCCAGCGUGAUGAAUAUUAUGAUGACCGAGUUUAUUCGUGCCGCCUACACGAAUCAAUGGGAGGCUCCGACAUCAGUCCCACAACAUCUACGACAUUGGAUUGAGAACAUUUUUGCUCGACUGGCUGUACAGGUCUUGGCAAUCAUACACACACCUCAGACUGGAAACCAAUCUUCCAGUCCUCUGGAUGUGAGCUUCGGCGAUGUGGAAAAGUGGCAGGAGAUGGGCAUUGCUCGCCUAGGGGCUCUCCGCACCAGCGAGCUGUUCGAUGUCAUCGUUGAGUGGCCCGCGAGUAGCGGGGCCGUAGAGGACUUGCGACAUUUCACCACGCAUCCUGCUGCCCGACUUCAUGUCACACAGUCGUUCAUUACGAUUCUUACUCAGCGACUGUUACACCCCGGUGCCUCAACCGUUGAGAUCUUGCAAGUGUACAUCUCCAUCAUUCGGGCCUUUCACCUGCUAGACCCGAAGGGUGUGCUCUUGGAUCGUAUUGCUCGGCCAAUCCGGCGAUACCUACGAGACCGUGAUGAUACUAUCAAGGUCAUUGUUAGCGGGCUUCUGGCCGACCCAGCAGCAGCAGCCACCAAACCCCCGUCAUACGCCAAUGAGACCCUUGUCGAGUUGUCGACCGAGUUGUCCAAGGCCCAUCAGCUUUCAAUGGAAAACAAUACCAGUGAACUUGACUGGGAUGAUAUGAACUGGAUGCCUGACCCCGUCGACGCAGCACCUGACUAUCGCAAAUCAAAGAGCUCCGACGUCAUUGACAGCGUGAUCAGCUUAUUCGACUCAAAGGAGACAUUUGUCAAGGAACUCCAGACCCUGCUCAGCGACCGUCUCCUCCAAAAGCGCGAGAAAUACGAUCAAGAAAUUUCAGUGCUAGAACUGCUUAAGGUGCGCUUCGGCAACUCAGCACUGCAACCCUGCGAAGUCAUGCUCCGCGAUAUUUCAGACUCUCACCGCGUCAACAUCGCCAUUCGCAAGGACCAAGGCCUAAUUCAACCCCCCGCCCGCAUCAACAAGAACAAGCGCCUACCAGUCCUACCCAUCCCAGACCUCCACGCCAAAAUCCUCUCCCCUGGCUUCGAAGCCCUCAAAGCCUCCCGCAAACUCACCUGGCGCAACGGACUAGGCCAAGUCCUCGUCGAACUUCAACUCUCCGACCGCGACUUCUCCGAAGAAGUAACCACCUGGCAAGCAACCGUCAUCCACGCCUUCCACUCCGACUACGACGAAGCCACCAGCAGAACAAUCUCCUCUCUCUCCACCGAACUCGAAAUGUCCCCCUCCCUCGUCCGCUCCGCCUGCUUAUUCUGGGUAAGCAAGCGGAUUCUCAUAGAAUCCUCCCGCGACGAAUUCAGCGUCCUCGAAUCCCUCCCCUCCGAAGACGAAGAUAACGACUUUGGCAUCGCCGGCGCAGACCCCACCGACGCAGACCCACAAUCCGGGGAUGUGUCCAAUGCAGCAGCUGCUGCUGAAGCCGCAGCAGCAGCCGCAGCGAAAGAAUCCGCUGACGCGGCGGCUAUGGAGAAGAUGAACCUUUAUUGGCAGUUCAUCGUCGGAAUGCUGACGAAUCAGGGCGCGAUGCCGUUGGCUAGGGUUGUUAUGAUGUUGAAGAUUGUUGUGCCCGGUGGGUUUCCGUUUAGUAAUGAGGACUUGAGGGAGUUUUUGGCGGGGAUGGUGGCGAAGGGGAAAUUGGAGAUUGUUAGUGGGGGGAAUUAUAAGAUUGUGCCUUGA